CAUGAAGAAUCUGUUUCUAUUCAUCUCAGUAAUUCUUUCAUUUACCUUAACCAUUCAAUUUCAAUGUCCAUUAAAUUCAAACUUACAACCAAUUGAUGGAGCAUUUGCCGACCCAGAAUUUUGUGGUGUAUACUAUCAUUGUAUAAGCGGUACUCCUUUCCCUCAACAAUGCCCUCCAGGACUCUUUUUCACCGUUUCUCUAACCAACUGUGAAUACUCAACUUGUGUAGAACCUGAAGAAGCUGAAUGUCCAGGUGGAAAUUCUACACUUAUCGUUAAGAAUCAAGAUUUUCGUCAAUGUUCUACUGAACCUGACGAGGUGAUGUCUUUUGAAGAACCAUGUUAUAUGAAGAAUUCGGAUUGUGAUGGAAAAAUGAAUGGAACAUAUCCAAACAAUAAUGAUUGUAGACAAUAUUAUCAUUGUUAUAAUGGUCUUUCUUGGCCUCAGCAAUGUCCAGAUGGAUAUUUUUUCAGUCCAUCAUUAAAUGUUCGAGAUUGUACUACGAAAAUGUGUGUAACAAUUGAAGAAUCCGAGUGUCCAAUGCCAGGAGGAUGGUCUGAAUGGUCAAGUUGGUCGGAUUGUGAUCCAUCCUGCGGUGAUGGUCUUCGAACUCGUACAAGGAGUUGUACAAAUCCGCCACCAAUGAAUGGAGGCGAAGAUUGUCCCGGAAAUUCAGUUGAUAUAGAUUUGUGCUUUAAUCCACCUUGCGGUGUAGUCAAAGAGCCAGCAUUUAUGGUAUCAAUGAGAUCGGACGAUGUAAUACGUGCAGGAAUAAUUAGAUGGCAGAGAAUUAAUCACAAUCGUGGUAAUGUUUUUAAUAUUCUCACAAAUUCUUUGAGAAUUAAUGAAACCGGGUUUUACUAUGGUUCACUGACAUUUUCAAUAAGAAGGACAACCUCAUUUCAGGUUUCAUCAAGAGGAUCAGCUGUAAGUCACUUUCUUCAUAGAUUCACAAGGGAUUCUACUGCCGCAUAUUCAGAAUCCUUAACCAGGGCAGGAACAAAAUUGUAUACAACCAUAAAUUCACCAAGAUAUGAUGCAAUUAGAUUUUCUUUAAUAACUGGAUCACCUGAAGGUAGUGAAACCUCAUGGACAGGUUUUCGAUAUGAAACAAACAAUGUUUUCUAUGUAGCCAGCACUACGUCAAUUUUGGGUAGAGAAAAACUUAUAGCAUUUAAUAGCGUAUUAACAUUACGUGGUUUAGCAAGACAAUCUCCUGAAAGAUUAACUGUCUCAACGGAUGGUUGGUAUUUUGUAAAUUUGGGCAGUGGAUUUUCAUCACGUUCACCUGGAUUAUUGUCUUUUGUUAUUAAUGAUCAUGCUACUAGACCAGAGUACAGCCUCGGCAGAAAAAGCAGCAAUUACGUUGGUGAAUCUCAAGGUUCCAGAGGAUUCAUUGUUCGACUGAAUGCUAAUGAUCAAAUAGGCGUAAAACUAAUUGAUGGAACAAGUAGAUCGAAUUCAGGGGCUUUAACAUAUAUGACCGGAUUUAAGAUAACUGCCACAAGCGAUAAACCUGCAUUCUUUUCAUACAGUAGCGUUAGUCAAAGUAUAACAACGAGAAGGAAACUAGCAUUUGACACAGUCGUUUUAGAUGUGUCAUCAGGAUGGAGUACAAUUGAUAAUACAUACAAAGUGGCUGUAUCAGGUCUCUACUAUAUUGAAAUAUCAGUGGGUGUGUUUCCUCAAAGUCAAUCCGUUGUCGAAGUUGUGGUUAAUAAUGAUGUAAUGUUGGGAAUGCGUUAUUUAUCAACUACACAUAACGCGUAUGAUGUAAAAAGUAGAGGAGGUUUGCUUCAAGUUCAAGAAGGCGAUUCAAUUUCUAUUGAAACUUCAAAUCCCGCUUAUAGUGAUGAAUUAAAAUUGACAUCAUUCACUUUGUUUUACAUUUCUUCUUAA